CAAUCUUACCCGCCACUUUACCUUACCUUAUAUUUGGCCGAUUUUAUUCUUGCGCAUGCGCACGUUGUGGCUUUUGAAUGGCGGAAACGACCUUGACGAAAAAUCGGAUGAAAUAUUUUGUAACUUAUUCGGUUAUGGAAAAGAUUGGCAUUGGCAAGGACAAUAACAUACACUAAGGAGAUUCCACUGACCUUCAGGAUGGACAUUCUUGACUGUUGUGAUAUAUGUGGUGAAGGCCAUUCCACAGAAUUCUGUCCAGAACUUGGUCUCAACAUUACUCAAACUGAACUUGAUCAACUGUCAACAAGAGCUAGAUUGACAUUGCCAGGGAUUGUACAAGUAGUGGACAAUGGCAGUGGCCUGGUUGGUGUGGUUGCCAAGGAAACUAUUGCUAAUAAAACCCAACUUGGACCUUACGAAGCUAAGAGGACUACUCAUAUAUUUGAUGAUUCAGGAUUUUUUACUCUGAAGCUUAUAGCAAAAGAUGGAACGACAGUCUGUCUGGAUACAACAGAUGAGAAUGAGUGUAACUGGUUAUGUUUGGUACGGGCUGCCUCGUCUGAGAGCACAAAGAACUGUAUCGCGUACCAGCUUGGUAAUAACAUCUUCUAUAACACAACAAGAGAGAUCAUUCCAGGAGAAGAACUGUUGGUAUGGUACGCUCCACACUUUGCAAGGAAGCUAGGAAAACCGUCAGAGCCAGAUGGAGAAACAAGAGUGCUGUUGGGUCAUCGGAUUGAGCCUUUGACCUCUGACCUUCUACUCGACACAGAAGCCCCAUCUUUCUAUGAGACAGAAGGUGUGAUGAAUGGUACUCUAGAACAGCCCUCAGAAGACCUUGUUCAGAUGGCACAGGCAACCAAUGCUGACAGACAUACGGGGGAAAUAAGAAAAGCAUUUUACUGCCCCCGCUGUGGUAAUACGUUUGAGACCCAAACAGAAAUGGUUCAGCAUCUACGGGAACAUGUGAUAUCUUCCUCAGAUACGCCUAAAAGAGGAAGGGGCCGGCCUAGGAAAUUUCAUAAUACUGUUGAUGGGAGACCAGGUCGAGGACGAGGAAGACCAAAAAAACCUGUCGUUGAAAAUGUGGAAGGAGAAGUGUUAGAUUUUAAAACGCCUUCAAAGACCUACAGUAGGAAGAGAAAACUUGACUGUAUUGAUAUUGAUCAAGAUUAUGAUAAAAAUUAUGAAGAUGGCGACGAUGAAGAUGAUUUUGCAGAUAAAAUGAUGGACGAGAGUGAUUAUACAGAGGCAAGUAAUGAUAGCGAAUAUACUCCUAAAGUAGAGAUAUCUGUGGCUGUGACAAGAGUGCAGCCGAGGCGAAGCACCCGUGGAAAACACAGUAAAUUUGAUGAGGAUUAUGUAUACAGCAUGGUUAAAAAAGAGCCAAAAGAGGAACCAUCACAAAUUGGUUUCAGUAAUCAAGUGAUUGCAGCAGGUAAUAUACCAGAAGCAGAACAUAGUAUUUCCAAUCAGUCUGUGGGGGCAGGAAAUCAGGCUAAUGUUAAAAGAGGAAGAGGGAGGCCUAGAAGGAUUGUGGAUCAAAAUCAGUCUGAAACUACUACAGUAGAGAAAGAACAAGUCGGAACUUUAAGCUUUGAGACAAUACAAGAAAGUCUUAUGGCACUGAAAUCAAAUGAAAUAGGAGAUGGAGAUGAGGAGGAUAAAAACAAAGUUGUAGAGCAUACAGAUGUAGCAGAUAAUGUGUCUCCUGACACAGAUUUAUUAUAUAAAAGUGAUAUUUCUGAAAAUAUAGAGAUUUUACCUUUGAACGGAACUGAAGAGGUUGAAGAAAAGGACAAGUCUGCUAAUUUUGAGAGGAGUGAAAAUACUGAAUUGAAAGUAUCUGAUAAAAUAAAUGAGUUUGAAGUUUUCAGUGAAGAGAAUCUUGAAGAGAGUGUAGGAAAUGACAUAAAUAAGGAUGAUAUUACCUUUACACAGGAGCAGGAAGAAAUCAAGGAGAAUGUUAAUGAAGAUCAAAAUGUUAAUAAAGAUCAGAAUGUUCAGAAGGAAGACAAAGUUGAAGAAAAUGACAAUGGAGCAGAAAUACAAGAAGUGAGUGCAUCAGUUAAGACAGAAGACAAAGGUUCAGUUGUUGUUAUGUUUGAAGAGACAGAUGAUGGUAGCUAUGGAUGUGCAGUGUGUGAAGAUAAAUUUACAAAUGAACUAGAUGCUAUAUCACAUUUCAUGCAACACGAUACCAAAGGAACAGUCAGUUGUAAAACUUGUCAUGACAACUUUAACGGCAUAGAAGCUCUGCUAGAACAUAGGAAGGAAUGUACUUCAUCUGUACAAGUGUUGUCAGAAUGGGAGGUUCCCAAGUCUGACAAUGUUUUAGAAUUUGCGUGUGAUAUUUGUAAACAAGCAUUUAAGACAGCUCAGUAUUUAUACCGUCACAUGGUUAUACACACAGAUGUUUUCCAAUGUGAGCGAUGCAGUAAGACGUUCUCUAGAAAAGAUUCAAUGCAGAAACAUAUUCUGAAAUGUUGUCCUGAACUAGCUGAAAAAUACAAGAUCUUUUACUGUGAAGUAUGUUUACGAGUAUUUUCAAAAGAAUCCGGAAAACGACGACACAUAGAAAAAUGUAAAUCAGUUCAAUGUAAAACUUGCUUAAAGAUAUUUAUUUCUCAGUCAGACAUGGCUUUACAUACAUGCAAAAUGCUUGAUUUGGAUGACACCGCAAAGUAUUCAUGUGGACGUUGCUCCAAAGCCUUUCAGUCGUUGUAUUAUCUAAAACAGCAUCAGCAGCUUCAUGAUAAUCACAAUGCUUGCGAACGCUGCGGGAAGAAUUUUGCUUCAAAGGAGGAGCUUGACGGUCAUAAGGGUCUGUGCGAAACUUUAGAAGGGAUAAGACUUUACGGGUCUGGAAAGUGCACUGUUUGUUUUGAAACUUUCUCGAACUCAAAAGCAUUUAGGAAUCAUUUCUUGUCACACACCCAUCCAUACCAUUGUGAUAAAUGUGAUAAACGAUUUCUCCGUAUUGGAACACUGAAUAGCCAUGACUGUGAAUGUUUGAAUGAAUCUGCUUGUAACGUCUGCUCAAAAACGUUCAAAAACCAGACUAACCUUGACAAACAUAUUAAAGAGAAUGGGUGUAUGAGAUACCAGUGUUCCGCCUGUAACGAACAGUUUCGGUCGAAAUCCAUGGCCAAAGAUCACAACUGUAUCAUAGAAGCUACAGAGGAUGUGGAGGCAGAGAUAGUAAGCAUUAAUAAUGUUAGGGAGGUGUGUCCGACUUGUGGAAAAUCUUUUUCGAGCAAGAGUAAUCUGACCAAACACAUGAUAUUGCAUGGAGAGAAAAAAUAUGGCUGCCCGCAUUGUGCGAAAUUCUUUCAUCUUGAUGUCUAUCUCAAAGAACAUAUUACUUGUGUUCACUAUAAUAUAUUUAAGUAUCAGUGUAAUGUAUGUGGACGUUUACUGAAGUCUAAAACUGGUCUCAUAGCACACACUAGGAUCUUCCAUGCCAAAAAUGCCGAAGUUUUUCCUUGUACAAAAUGUGGAAAAGUUUUUAAGCAGAAAGGAAACUUAAGAUCGCACAUGUAUUCACACUCGAAGGCACGAAAUUUCAAGUGUGAUGUAUGCAUUAAGGCAUUUAAAUAUCCAGAUCAGCUUAGUCGACAUAAACUUGAGCAUAAAUUAAUGCCCAGACUGAAGUGUAGUCACUGCGAUAAGGAAUUUUUACGCACUUACGACUUGAAGAAACAUCUACAAGUUUAUCAUAGCGGGUAUAUUUAUGUUUGUGGAAUCUGUUCAGCCAGGUGCGGUCACAGGCACACUCUUGUUCGUCAUUACAAACGGAAACAUCCAGAGAGUUUGAACCUGACAACACAAGAAGGUUAUCUAGAUAACUUGCUGAAACAUGUAAGCGAAGUCUAUGAUUCAUCAACAGACCAAGGCAACACAGUGGCCACAAAAUGCAUUGUCCUUGAUGAUAAAACUGCAGCCAGUGCUGAUGGUCUACAAAUUGAUCAAGUUGAUGAAUCAGCAGAAAUGCUGUCCCAAGAUGCUGCUGAAGCUUUGCAUAGCUUAGCGCUUGGACGUGCAACAGCAAAACAGUUCCAGCUUCUAAAAGACAAAGGACUUUUUAUUCAGGGUGAAGCUGGUCUUAUAGAUGGUCAAGACAACGAUCUGAUUCAAGAUCAAGGGCAGGUAAUCAUUCCUCAAGAUAGUUAUAUAUUUGCAGGACAGACUGGUGAACAUGUACAAGCUUUAGACAAUAAUGUUGCUGCAGCAGCUAAUGAACCACAGUCUGUGGAUGGUAAUAUUGGAAUGAUCCAUAAUCCUGAUGGUUCCAUUAGUAUAAAUGGCAUACAAGGUAUUCCCCAGACAAUUGAAGGACUUGACAGUGGAGAUGGUCAUAUUGUUAUAUUACAGAUCGUUGAUCCUGAAUCACAGGACUUACAAGGAGAGAUUAUUCAGUUUAAUCAAGAUCAGCAAGGAAAUAUACAUUUAAAUGAGGAACAACAAGAAAAAUUGCUCCAACUCAAUGAAAAUCAGCAAGGGCAAGUAAUCCAGCUAAACCAGAGUCAAGAAGGGGAGAUAAUUCCAUUAAAUCAAAAUGUCUUCGAGACAAGUGACGUAUUUCAAGCUGCUGAAUUAGUUCAAAAUUCUCAAAUUCAAACUGUAGUUGUGGAUGAAUCUGCAAGUACUGGUGGUGUUGGGCAAGAAUUAGCUGACCAAGCUACUGAGUCUGGUAUAUCCCAGGAGUUCACCAUUACCGACACAGAUAUUGGACAGAAUGAUUCAGAAAAACUUGAUGCAAUUCCAGUGAUCUCCCUUGAGGGUGGAGAUCCUAACAUACAAGCACCAAUGGUGUACUCGCAGGAUGUAACUUGCACAGAUGAAAUUGAAUAAACAAAGUUAAUGACUAA